CAGGUCAAACUCCCACUAUAUAUUAAACUCCCAUUUUCACCUUCCAAGAAAAAGAAGAAGAAGAAGGAGGAGAAGGUUCUUCACCACUAAGUGAUAUUUCUGACAAGGAUUUCUAUUUUCUAUUGAGGUUUUGGAUGAUCAAUUCAUCAAUACUGGUAAAAGUAUAUGAUUCAUGACAAGAAAAGAAAAAAAAACUGCAUCCACCAUUUAAAAGAAACAUUAAAGAUGGCUGAAUCAGCUUGUGCAAACUCAAGAUUUCCAGUAGUUAGAACUUCAACCAUUGUAAAGGACAAUGAGAAUCCAUAUGAAGGUAUCUACAUGAAUGAAGGCACAGAAACUCAAGUGAACAAAAGCAAUAAAAGAACUAUGACUUCAGUUUCAGAACCCUGCACUGCAAGAUUCAGAUGUUACACACUAGCUGUGGUUUUUCUGCUGAGUCUGAUUGUUAUCUUACUGGCUGUCGUCGCAAUACCUUGGAUCAAAUUCAACAACCUGACUAAAGAAAGAAACCAGUUACAGAGAAGUUACAACAACCUGACUUUCGAGAGAGACCAGUUAGAGGCCAGUUACAAACAAGUGGCUGAAGAGAGAGACCAGUUUCAGAUGAAGAGAGAUGAACUUCAGAAGAAGCUUUCUCAAUUGAAGGAAGAUAUUAACACACCAGGAUGGAGAUACUUCAACUCCAGUAUUUACUACAUCUCUACUGAGAAGAAGAGCUGGAGUGAAAGCAGACAGGACUGCAAGAGAAGAGGAGCAGAUCUAGUGAUUAUAACCAGCCGAGAAGAACAGGACUUUGUUGAGGUGUGGAGAGGUGGUCAAGGUGCUUGGAUUGGUGCAAAUGACCAAAAGAUUGAGGGAGUCUGGAAAUGGGUGGAUGGUACAUCAGUGACUAGUGGGUUCUGGAGUAGAGGAGAACCCAACAACAAAGGUAAUGAGGACUGUGCUGUAUCUGGCUAUCGGUCUGAACCUGUGCCAAACUGGUUUGAUGUUUCCUGUAGUUCCCAAAAUAUUUGGAUCUGUGAAAAGAACAUUAAUAGCUAAAUUGUGGCAAAUAAAAAACAUUUAUUUUGGAUAAUUUCCAUCAUACAGUAUAUUUUGGAAAAAAAUAAAAAACCCUGAGUCUAUAGUCAAGUAAAAGGUUUAGCUUUUGUUUUAUGGACUUUCUGAUAUAAUUUGUGACAAUCUAAAUUUUUACAUGAUGGAGAAUCUAAUCCUUGUAUUAUUUUCCACAAUAAUAAUAUAAAAACUCCACCAUAUAACAAUCACUAUUUUGCCUUAAAUGUCCACGAUUAAGCUGAAGAUGGUUCUGCCUACUAUUAAACCUUGACUAGUUAUACAACUAAAACAUUGUGUUUUGUUGAAUUAACUUUAUUACAAUGAAAAAGUAUUCUUGGCACCUUGAAAAAUUAGAGAUACUGUGUUCGU